AUGGCGCCUCAGCCACCUCCCUCUGACGACAGCGCGCUCACUGCCGAGCAGCAGGAGCACGCGGCUGCUGAAGCUAAGAAGCUCGCCGCCGACCAGGAGGAGAAGCGCAAGGCCCUUGCCGCCGAAGCCGAUGCCGCUGCCCAGGCCGCUGCUGCCGCCGCAGAACGCGAGGACGACGACGACCCACCAGCGGACGACGCCGCCGCCUUCGAAGCCGCUGUCAUCGCCAAUCUCCAUGCCCAGGCCGCCAGCGUGGAGAACAUCAGGACUCUUGUGUCUGUCGUCCUUGAUCCACUGUCCAAUCACUAUGAUCGGUGGCGUGAUCUCGUUCUCCUCACCCUGGAUCGCUACGCUCUCUCCAGCCACGUCCUCUCCGAUGCCGCCCACCCUGGUGUUUCGGCAUGGAGGCACAUGGACGCCGUCGUGCUCUCCUGGAUCUACGGCGCGGUCACCACGGAGAUCAUGGACUCCGUCCGCGUCCGUGGCGGCACUGCUCGCCAGGCGUGGCUUGGCAUCGAGGCGCAGUUCUUGGGCAACAGCGAAACUCGCGCGCUGCGCCUUGACGCCGAGUUCCGCGCCUUCUCUCAGGGUGAGCUGUCCGUCAGCGACUACUGCCGCCAGAUGAAGUCCAUGGCGGCCAAGCUCCGGGACCUCGGCGAGGUCAUCAACGAUCGCACCCUCGUCCUCAAUGUUCUGCGCGGCCUCAACGACAAGUUCGGUCACAUGCGGAUUCACUUUCGCCGUGGCCCGUUCCCUUCGUUCGACGAGGUCCGCAAUGAGCUGCUCCUCGAGGAACUCAUCACCGGCACUCAUGCAUCGUCUUCUCCGAGUGCUCUCCUCGCCAACACCCCGAAGAGCUCCGGUACACCAACGCCGCCUGCUCCCAGCACUGGUGGCCCUGCGACCACUCCUACAGGCAGCGGGCCACAGCCACGACCCUCCACCACGGCGUCCUCCGGCAACUCCAACCGCCGCCGACGUCGGAACAAGGGCAACAGCCCGUGGCCGUCCCUCUACAACCCCUGGACGGGCAAGAUCACCAUGUGGCCUAACCAGGGGGGUGACACCGGCCAUCAGCAAGGACAGCAGCGCCCUCCAUCUCAGCAGAACGCGCCGAACCCGCGCGCCGGGAACCCGCAGACGGCCCAGGCCUUCCAGCAAGCGUAG